AAGAGUUUUCAGAUUUAGACGUUGAUGAGGGAAGAAAGCUUGAUAAAACUACUAUUAGUCGAAUAGAUAUACAUAAAAAAUUUGGUAUCCCAGUUACUCAACGUAAUAAUGGAAAAAUUAAACGUAAAGCUGCAAUGACCUGUAAAUCAGCAGUUACAACACGUAAAAAAGCAGUCUCGAAUAAAAAACCCAAAAUUAAAUUAGAAUCAAAUAACUUGAAUGAAUUAGAAAUUGAAGAACGAAAAAUAAUGCUUAAAGAAUGUACUAUUGCUAUCCGUGAGAAAGAACUUGAUAUUCGAAAAAAAGAAGCUGAGGUAGAGGCUUUAGAAUUAGCCAAUAAAAAAAUGAAAAAUGAAUUAGAAUAUAUCUAA